AUGGUGGAUCCUGAGGGCCUCGGUGUUCUGGCCGGAGUACUGGAUCAUCCUAUCAAUACUCCGUCCGUUGCGAAUGUAACGUGUUUUCCACCACCAACCAGUAGAACUGAGGCUGAGGCAUUUUCGUUCAGAGAAAAAGGGAUUGACCUCGACCGUUUGACGAAGAUUUCUCGGAAGCCUCUGCAAAUGUUGAUCGUGGAACCAGCUUUCCUUCUUGUCAGGGUCUUCAUCGUCAUUCUUUAUGUGCUAUCAGAUGUUCUCCUUCGCCAUCAGCGAGGCCAUUUUGAAUUGGCGUCAUCGCUGUCGAAUGCAAAUGUUGCUCGCUUAAAUCGAAAGAGAGCAUUGCGCGACGAAUUGGCUGAGGGGUCUGCUUACGAGACGAGUGAGGAAGCCAAUUAUGCCACGGCUCAACAGACGGAGGGAGAUAUUGUUCGCGCUGGGUCGCGAUCAAGUCCAUUGGCCUUGUCGCCAUCGGAUCAUGCCUACGAGUCCGACAGAGGACUGGCGAAUGAUCUACCUGUGAGACCGCAGACAAUUGCCUGGAAUGGAGGACCCGCAAAGAUGCUCCCUUCUUUAGCUGCAACUAGUCUGUCUCCAUCGCAUGUGCAAGAUGGAAGGGGAUACGGCUCGUACCCGACAGGCGACCAGGCUUUGCUCCCAGUCACCGACCCGGUUCACUUGUCUACUGGAACGGUAUCAGAAUUCAACCACAGUCCACUCAUGUUCAACGAUAUAGACUCUGGAACUGCCUUUCUUGAUAUGUUGUUGGGUCUCCCAGGCGGUCAAGCUACAGGAACGACAGGUGCAAACACCGAACAAUUAGAUGUACCCUGGACUGAGAACGGAGCCUCAGGUCGGUUAACUAUUAGUCCGCGAGUUGAAGCCGAACCAAAGCACUAUCCAGCUCAUAUCCGUCAGAAUGUGAAAAAGGUCCAAAGCUUUUGGUCGACACCGCAACGCCUCACUGCUGAGACGCAGGUAUGGUACGAAAUUAUAUCGGGGUCAUCAGAGAAUAUCUUUUCAAGACAUGACUAUGGGACAUGCACAGAGCCUUCGCAGCAGACCCAGCACGCUGGAGUUGCCGAGAUCUGCUUGAACCAUGAGAUUAGGUCGCAGCUUCAAGAUUUGAAACGAAGGCUGCUCAAGAGGCAAUGCCACUGUUCUAGCAGCGAUGGCCGAAUGACUGACACAUGUGAUGAACAUUACUUUUGUGAAAACUUUCAUGGCAUCUUUGAACAAGGCCUUUAUCUUUAUUUAGAUAAAUAUCAGCCGACCUAUCCUAUAUUGCAUAUACCUACCUUCCAGCCACAGACCGUCCACCCACUUCUGCUGUUUACCAUGUGCAUUAUUGGCCUGUCGUUUGUCAAGACAGAGGAAGCAGUGCGGUUUAUCUAUCACAUAUACCCGGCUCUCCUGGAUGAAGUUUAUAUCCGCGUUAUAUCUGUGACUCCCAGUACUUCCAACCCAUCAGCGAUGCUCAGUCGCCUUACAUUGGCUCAUCACAUGUUAUUUCUGCUCGUCGUAACUGAGGGGAACAUCUGUCCAACGAAGUCGCAGAUGUUGCAUGGAUACACUCUAACAGCAGCACAAAAUAUUGGCCUGUUUCACUUACCUGUGGGACAAAUUUCAGACAACCUGUUCUCCUCUACCACCGAUGAACAUAUGCGAUGGAAACUUUGGAGUCGAAUAGAAUCAAUAAAGAAUUUAAUCAUCGGCCUAAUCCUCUAUGACUCCUCGUUGUCCGGAAUCUUCUCAAUGAGCCCGGUCAUAUCAACGAGCACACUCCACGUCGCCCUGCCAUGCGACUUCGUCCUCUACCGCGCUCAAUCCGUCCAAGACUGGAUGCGCCUAAUCCAGGAAGGCUCCAGGAUCACCACUCCAACGGUCAAGCUAUCAUGCAACGAGUUCUACCUACCAACCCUCCCACGCCAAGUCCACAUCUCAUGCCUGUACGGAAUCAUGUCUGCCAUUCUGGUCCGCCUGAUGGCAAACUACCACCGACUCAUCAUCAGCUCCGACCUGGGCCAAGAGGAGUGGCACCAGCAUAUACCCUGGCGGAUCUACAACCUCGACAAACGGGCCUCUUCAAUCACCAAUGUGGUGAUACACUUCAUCCAGCUUUACGAUACCGUCCUCGCGAACUCGAACCCCAACUGCAUCGUCAUCUGGCAUAAUCUCUGUCUCCUCCUGACAGCCGACAUCCGUCUCCACGAACAAGCCGCCGGCCGCGAAGGUCCCGACGCCAUGCAAACCGCCCGCCAAGCCAUCACCCUCUGGGCCAGCACCCCGGCCGCACGACGAGCGUGUCUCCACGCCGCUAAGAUAUUCCAUACCCUGUCCCACUGGAAGCCCAUGGACGGCAUGGGAUUCAGCCCGCACGCUGUCUCUUAA